AUGGUGACUACCACAUCCCAGGACUCUUCCGCUCGAGAAUCGCCCACUCCGCAACAGCAGGAGCUCAAUGCAGAACAAUCAAAAGCCAGCCAACCUCGAAGCCGCAUACCUAUAAGAACCUACCAUUGCCGAUUCUGCAACCAUCUUCUCGUCGCAUCCACACAGGAUCUGUCUACGCUUCCUCGAAGACGUGCCCCAGCGUUAGACAAUGCGAUAAUACUCCCUCUACCGAAGAAGUCUGCCAGCGCAGAGGAUGAAGAUGACGGCGAAGAGGAAGACGACGAGGAAGAGGAGGAUAAAGUCAAAAGACACAACGAGAAAAACUCGGGAGAGGCCGAGAUAUCACAGCAGAUGGAAUCAGCUACAUUGAAACCGGGCUCGAGGAGAGGGAAGUCCUCUGCCUCCUCGUCUUCGUCGCAACAUUACACAAUUUUGUUAUCAACAACUACACCGGAUAGAAAACCGAUAAUUCUACGGAGAGCAGACGGGUUUGAGAAACGGCUACUAGUGCGGUGUGGUCGGUGCAAGGUCGUGCUCGGGUAUGUUCUGGACGAGGUUCACUUUAAGAAAGUAGAGGAGAACAAGGGUGGUGCCGGGGGGACGAUAGAAGGGGAAGAUAGCAACGUCUCCGGCACAAGGGAACCGGAGGUUAUUUAUAUCCUUCCCGGCUCACUGGUCGAGACAGAGGAGCUGGGCACGGAGAUUAAGAUUGAGCAGGAGUCCUGGGCAGAGUGGGAGUCUCUUGCAAAGAAGGCAGGUUAA